UGUCCAGUAGAGGGUGUUGUAAGACACCGGUAGACAGACGACCUUUAGGAUAAAGUGUGACGAUGUAUUGCAUUUAUUCAUAUUUAUGUAUUAGCCAGGAAAAGCUCAUCAAUUAGUUGUAUGGAAAGGUAUGUCUUACACAGAAUUAGAACAAGGCUAUCAAGGUCUGAGGCAAUCGAGACCAUGCUUUUAUAUAGGCGAAGAAGACAAAUCUUUAUGUCAUUAUUUUAGAACAGAAAAGGAAUUCGAUCCUAGUUCCGACGAUGACGACAUAUCGGAAGGAAAACAAGUGAUAGUUGGAAUCUGUGCAAUGGCUAAAAAGUCGGAAUCAAAACCAAUGAGAGAGAUUUUAACAAGACUUGAAGAAUUUGAAUAUAUAAAGACAAUUGUUUUUGCUGAAGAAAUUAUUUUAAAUGAAUCUGUGAAUGAUUGGCCUUUAUGUGAUUGUUUGAUUUCGUUUCACUCUAAAGGCUUUCCAUUAAAGAAAGCAAUAGAAUAUGCUAACUUAAGGAAACCAUUUAUUAUAAAUGAUUUAUAUAUGCAGUAUGACAUUCAAGAUAGGAGAAGAGUGUAUAGUUUAUUAGAAAAAGCAGGAAUUGAACUUCCUCGAUAUGCAGUGUUAGAUAGAGAUUCUUUAGAUCCUUCAGAAAGGGAACUUGUUGAAGGUGAAGAUCACGUAGAAGUUAAUGGUAUUAUUUUUAAUAAACCAUUUGUUGAGAAACCAAUUUCAGCAGAAAAUCACAACAUAUAUAUAUAUUAUCCUACUUCUGCUGGAGGUGGUAGCCAGAGAUUAUUUAGAAAGAUUGGUAGUCGUAGCAGUGUUUAUUCGCCUGAAAGUAAAGUCAGGAAAACGGGUUCUUAUAUUUAUGAAGAAUUUAUGCCUACAGAUGGAACAGAUGUAAAGGUUUAUACUGUUGGACCUGAUUAUGCACAUGCAGAAGCACGAAAAUCACCUGCAUUGGAUGGAAAAGUAGAAAGGGAUAAAGAAGGAAAAGAAGUCAGAUAUCCAGUUAUAUUGAGUAAUAUUGAAAAACUUAUUGCUCGUAAAGUUUGUCUGGCAUUUAAGCAAACUGUCUGUGGAUUUGAUUUAUUACGAGCAAAUGGAAAAUCGUAUGUCUGUGACGUCAAUGGUUUCAGUUUUGUAAAAAAUUCCAUGAAGUAUUAUGAUGAUUGUGCUAAAAUAUUAGGAAAUAUGAUCCUUAGAGAGCUUGCACCAACCCUUCAUAUUCCAUGGUCAAUACCUUUCCAGUUGGAUGAUCCACCAAUUGUUCCAACAACGUUUGGUAAAAUGAUGGAAUUACGAUGUGUAAUAGCAGUCAUUCGUCAUGGAGAUAGGACUCCGAAACAAAAAAUGAAAAUGGAAGUUAAACAUCCAAAAUUUUUUGAAAUAUUUGAAAAAUAUGGUGAUUAUAAAACUGGACAUGUCAAGUUGAAGAAACCCAAACAAUUACAGGAAAUUUUAGAUAUUGCUAGGUUUUUAUUGAGUGAAAUUGAGCAAAAGCCAGAUCUGGAAAUUGAAGAAAAUAAGACCAAAUUGGAACAAUUAAAGUCUGUACUGGAAAUGUAUGGUCAUUUUUCUGGAAUAAAUCGCAAAGUUCAAUUGAAAUAUCAACCUCAGGGAAGACCUAGACGAUCAAGUAGUGAUGAAGAUACGCCAAGGGAACCAUCUUUAGUUUUAAUAUUGAAAUGGGGUGGCGAAUUAACGCCGGCUGGAAGAGUUCAAGCAGAAGAAUUAGGACGUGUAUUUCGAUGUAUGUACCCGGGGGGACAAGGUAUGCUUCUGCAUCAAUUAAUACAGGCAAAUGCAAAUGCCAUUUUUUUAAAAUAUAUUUUUUGGAUUUUGUUUUGUUUUUUGAACGUAGUUUUUUCAUUCAAGAAUUUUUUUAAUGU